GUUUUCUUCCUUUCUGCCCGAACACUCGAACUGUGAAGUUUACUGUUUUGGUGCUCCCAUAAUAAUCGAAAUGGCUGAAUGCGAAGAAGACGGGAUGAAAAACGAGCUGGCUGGUGCUAGAGGGGCCGCGGGUGGUGCAGGUGAUGUGGCUGGAGCGGAUGGCACGGGAGUUCCAGGUGACACGGGGGAUGCGCGUCCCGUGGCCCCCUCGGGCCCCGCAGGAGGCGCAAGCUCAACGCGUGUCAACGCCGCGGCCAUCGCGGCCGCUGCCUACGCGGCGACUGCUGCAGCUGCUGCCACGUGGGCUCAAGUCACAAGAAACACUCAACACCACAACUCGGAUACAAUUACCACUCCUCGAAGUUGGUACGGACGACGUGGCCCUGACUUCGGACGCCGAGCUCCUAGAUAUCGCUUAUACUUUAGCCCCGAUGAAGAUACAGACAACUUGAUCAAUUGUUGUCUUGAAGUGGACAUGGCCUCUCAACAAAGACGUAUGUAUCAUGAAUUUGUUAUUGAAUCUGGUACCGUUUCACUACCUGAGAUUCACCCGCAGCUUGGGCCAAUAUAUCACCCACAUGGCUAUACUCCCUUUGCUUUGCCGCUAGUGAAAGAUUUCUACAGAGAAGACCCAGAAGUGACAGCUAUGACUAAUCAUAAAAUUACUAUGUGGCGGGAAAACAAUGAAACAUCUAUAAGCCGGCUUUGGUCCACCAGUGUGGGGCGGACCGUCAGACCUGUGUUUGCACUUCAACACGUACUUCGAAAUUUCCCAGGAAUGAUGAAUAUAAUUCGCAGGCACGGGUUUACUCGCCCAACACCUAUACAGAGUCAGGCCUGGCCAGUAAUAAUGAAAGGGGAAGAUAUGAUUGCCGUAGUUCCGACCGGCCGAGGUAAGACCUUAGCGUUUAUAAUCCCUGCAUUUAUACACAUUAAUGGACAAUUAAUACAACGAGAUAAAAAAGACGGCCCUAUGGUACUUAUUUUGGCUCUCAAUCGGGAACAAGUUGAAGAUAUCAACAGAGAAAUUUUGAAGUAUAAAUACGAUAAUAUUACUUCAGUUUGCUUAUAUUAUAAUAGACGAAAUAAUAAGAAACAGAUCAGAGCUCUUAAAAGAGGCGCGGAUAUUGUUGUUGCGACCCCAAGGAGGUUUCAUGAUUUAGUCAUGGCUGAACAUGUGAAGACAUCUAACCUCUCUUACAUCGUUGUAUACGAAGCUGACAAGAUGCUGGAAAUGGGAUAUGAAGGUGAAAUAAUACAAGCUUUAGCAAAAGUGAGACCUGAUAAGCAAACAGUCACGAUUUCAACUACCUGGCCGUAUGAAGUGCGACGUGUGGCCCAGCAAUUCAUGAAUGACCCAUUGGUAGUGAGGGUAGGUGGUUUAAAUAUUGAUUCUAUUUCACCAGUAACUCCAAAAUUCAAAUUUCUUAAGGCUGCAAACAAACUACCCGCCUUGUUAAAAUUCAUCAACAAGACUCUUAAACAAGAUACAAUAAUUUUUUGCGGAGACUAUGAAACUGCUUCGCAAAUUGCCACAGCGUUACUACACAAUGGCAUUGAAUACAUAUCUCUUCCUGACGAUAGAGUAAAAGAGAUUGAUGGAAGUAUAAACAUUAUACUUGCGACGGAUGUUUUGGUUGACGAAUUGGUUCAAAUCAGAAUCAUGACGAAUGUCGUUAACUACGAUUUCCCGCCAAAUAUGGAGGAGUACGUUUCCCGGAUUGGAUUAACAGGAAAUGGUGCAGCUUUGACUUUUAUUACAAAGAAAGAUAUUGUACACGCUAAAGAUCUGGCGAAAGUUCUCGAGGCAGCAGAUAAGAUAGUACCUGAUGAGUUGGCAAAAAUGGUCGACAGCUGCAAUGUUUUGAAACUCGUGGAGGAUAUAAGAGCAAGAGAGGCUGGGGCUGGGGGUUCUGAUAGUAGGUCUCGCAGGGGGAAGGGCAAGUACCGCCGCGGCUUAUGGCCGCGAUAUUGCAAUUAGUUUGAUGAUAUUCUUCUUGAUACCUACAAAGGCAGC